AUGGUCUACGAUACUCUCACUUACCAUCCAACCAUUCAAAAGUUGAUCAAGUUCCUGGACACCAGUGCUGGAAGGGAAAAGUGUCUGCGUCUGAUUCAAUACCUAUGUCGCCUGGCAGCUUUCCAUCUGGUUCGUAACGGAUCAGUUGAGCUCGCUGCCGUGGUCAGACGUAUCCAGGGAGUAGUGACUCUCGACAGAAAGGCAUUGAGAUUUCUGAAGCCAUUGAGCCAUCUGACGGCAGCAUCUCGGUUGUACGAUAACGAGCUCGGUGAUGCCUAUUUGCGCGCAGGAGCUAUUGUGAAACAGCUUGGGUUUGCUGCAUAUCUUUCAGCAGAUUCGCUUCAAUGGUUUAAACUACUUGGACUGGUGAGUGCCAAACGGUUCCCCAAGUUGGCGAAAAUCGCGUCCGGAUUUUGGUUCAUUGCGCUGCUUGGAUCUUUGGUUCAAGACUUGCGUAACUACCAGAUUGGCUAUGCCAAAUCGACAAUUGAGUUCAAUGAGAAGACUGACGUGGUAGAGGUCGAUAAGGCUGCGCUCAGACAGCUUGCCUCGGCCAAGCGCAAUCUUGGAAAGGAUGUCUUGGAUGCUCUCAUUGCUUUGAACGGAAUGGGUGCUUUGGGUCACGAUGACGGAAAGAUUGGUCUUUUCGGUGUAGUGACCAGUGUGAUGGGUCUGCAGGACCUAUGGCCAGGAAAUUAG